AUGGGCACGUCGGGUUCCAAUCUCCCGCCACAAUAUAGGUCUACGGGGGGAUCAGUAUAUUCAAGCAGUGUAGAAUGGAAACCCGGCGAGUUGCAAAGAGAUGUUUUGAAUGGAAGUGCCUGCAUUCUGAAAUGUCUUGGUGCAUUGGACGGCACAAUGAUUUCAGCUGCUGCACCAGCUCAUCUUUCAAAUGCAUAUAGAAAUCGUUAUAAUCGGAUUGCACAAAAUGUUUUAUGCUUAUGUGGCUUCGAUAUGAAGUUCACAUUUGUGUAUACUGGAUGGGAAGGCAUAGCCCAUGAUGCACAAGUUUUUCUGGAUGCCCUGAGUCGAGCGCGAAAUGGAUUUCCAUGGCCAGAUCCAGAAUAUUAUUAUCUUGUUGAUUCAACAUGUCCUUGCAUUGAGAAGUUUAUGCCGCCAUAUCCACGAGAGAGGUAUCAUAUAUCUGCUCGUUAUGGUGCCCGUCAAUUCCGAGGUUAUAAAGAUUAUUUUAACUUUCGUCAUUCAUCGCUGCGCAAUGUUAUCGAGCGCACAUUCGCGUUGUUGAAAAACCGGUUUCAUAUAUUGGAAGCAAUGCCUCGAUAUCGCCUAAACAGGCAAGGGAUGAUCGUGACUGCAUGUUGUACAGUGCACGACCUGAUUAAAACGGUGACGCUGAAUGUUAAGUUCAUUCAGCAUGCAUUGGGGCUUCAAUUCAAUGGGGAAAAUAUGCCUGGGGGAGAGGACGUGGGCUCGACAGAAGAAGUGGUAGACAUGUCCCAUGAGUCAGCCGGAGCUAUGGCUGCACAAAGAGAUGGGAUUGCGAUUCCUAUGUGGGAGAACCGGAAUGGGGGAUGA